AUGGCGGGUUUUAAGCGUGGAGGUGCGCGUGGAGGGGGAGGAGGUAACUUCAAAAAGAGUUAUGCAAAUGCGAAGAAGCGAUCGUCAACAGACGAUCACGACAGCGCAACCCGUGCAAGUAAAAAGACGAAAGGCGACGAGGAAGAAGAAGAAAGUGGACAGGCAGUAGUGCCAGUACUUGAAAAAGAUGAAGAUGGUAAUGAUUACAUUGCCCUUAACGCAAGCGGCAAACGUCGUGCCACAGUCAGCGAAUUCAAAGACAACACAUUGAUCAGCAUAAGAGAGUACUGGACUAAUGAUAGUGGAGAAUUGAAACCCGGGAAGAAGGGCAUCUCACUUACCAUUGAUCAAUACCAAACGCUUCUAGCAUCUGCUCCGCUCCUCGAAGCCGUACUAUCCAAGAAGGGUAUACAGCUUGCUCGGCCAGACUAUGAUGCGGACCCCAGUGCCAAAAUGGAGGGGAACGAUGUCAAGGAUUCAAUGAUCAAAGUUGCCGAUAGUGAAGAGGAAGAGCAGGGAGAAGAGUAA